UUGUGUUAUUUGGCUAAAUAUAUUUUACUAAGAAUCCGGUGUUUUGGCAUGUGAAAUGCACUAUUGUCAACUAAUAAUUCAGAACAUGCGACCUAUUUGUUCAUUUGCUAUUUUGCUUACCUGUAAAAUACAGAUUCGAAGCAGCUGGCCACUGACGGCAACUUCUUCUUCUUCUUCUUGUUUUAUUAAUAAGCUGACGAGAAAUGUCUUGGUACAAGUGAAAUCCCAUCUGCAGCUAUUGGGUUAUCUUGCACGGUUUGUUUGGCCAAAAGUUCAUUCACCUUUGUUCUUGAGAAAUGAGCGGUUUGCUUGGUGGAAUGGAAUAUAAUUUGGCAGAGAAAAUGUUUAAUGGGACAAAUGUGAUUGAUUCAUUCCUUUUACCUCUUUUGUAAAAUCUAAAGUUGACGAUCUCUUUAGUAGUAAUAGUUGAUUAACACUUAAAACUUAUUUAACGUGUAGAAUUUUAUACUUUUCAUUAAGUACUGGUUAUUAAUCAAUUUUUUUCUCCAAUAACUUAAAGUAUUGCAUGUCUUGUAUUUUUGGGUCCUAUGUUUGUAGGAGGAAGAAUUAUGCCUGCUCAUGUGAUUAAAAUGCAUUUGUUAUUUGUUUCGAGUAUCGUGAAGAAAAUGUAGAUUCAAGUCGACUUAAAAUCGAUUGAGUUUUUCGAUGGAUUGUAAGUUCGAAGAAGAUGAAUUUGUGUUUUCAUUGCACUGCCCAAAUAAAAUUAAUCCAAUAUUUUGCUACAUAUGACUUUACUUAUUGUUGGUAUUAUAAGUAUUCAUUUCAUGAACAUUCGGGCAAUUUAACUUCGUUUCUGUGUUACUAAUUAGCUAAUUUUCAUCACUAACCUAUUCGUUAAAUCUCAUUGAACAAGUAAUUUGGGGUUGGAUUUUGUCCGAACAUUUAAACAAUCUAUGAUUAUUAGGUAAUAGUUGAUUUCGGCCAUUAGUUACUCCCUCAUACAAGAUGCUUCACAUACGUGUUUUCUUCUUAUUUCUCGUCGAAUGUCUACGACAAAAACAAAAUAAUCGUGUAAUAACUUUUGUUAAGGACCAAUGGCACAUGAAAUUAUAAGUUCAAGGAUGAAAUGAGGGAAACGUCACACAAUCCCUCGUCGUUUUGUCCUUGGAUCUAUCGUUUCCUUCUACUCACUCGUGCCGUUUAAGAACGAGGGUUUUUCUAGUACUACAUCCCACACAGAAAGAAAGAAAGAAAGAAAAGGAAAAAAAGGAGCCGAGAAAACCGAGAGAGAUUCAUAAAGGAGAAAGGGCGGCCGAAUCCCAGCAAGUGGCCGCUUCAUCCUUUUGCGCCCUCCCGGCGCCGCCAUCGCCGCCGCCUCCUCUGCUGCUCCUCCGCCGGAUUUUCCGGUAGCCGAAAAAUCGGUAGAGAGAGGGAGAAUCUGGAGAAGAAAUUGACUGUUAAAGAGCGCAAACAAAAAACUGCUGCGGAGGGAAAUCUGUGUUCCGCCGCCGUCCGGAGCGACUGUUCACCGUCUUUCACUCAUUUCUAAGUGAAGAAACCGGUCUCGGUCGUCGGCAAAGGGAGAAAUCGCGUGACGCUACGUUCGCCGCCGUCCUUAACUGCUAUCCGGUAGUAACAAGAGCAGUAUUGCCGAUUUCUCCGUCAGUUCGUGGUUCAUUUCUUCCGUCAUCGUCUUCUCCGAACGCUCAGAAUCUCGGUAUAGGCUUCUACCUAACGCUAUCUUUUCUCCGAUCGAUUUAUGGCUUCUUUUUGCCUGCGUGAGUGAGUGGACUACUGAGAGAGUGAAAUCGGAAGGAUGAGAAAUUUGAAACGAACAUUUUUUUUUUUGCAGGAUUCAGCAGCUAUGGAUUCAUCGCCGCGGCAGCAAUGCAGCAAACAAGAAGAUGAAAGGCCUGUGGCAGGUGGAGUCGGAUCUGAUUCCAUCUCAGGUUUAACCAACAAUGGCAGGAAAAUCUCUCGUCACGAUGUCAAGAUGGUUCAGAAUUUGAUAGAGAGGUGCCUGCAACUGUAUAUGAAUAAGAACGAUGUGGUGAAUACACUCUUGGAGCAGGCUAGAAUCGAGCCUGGGUUUACAAGCCUAGUAUGGCAGAAGCUGGAACAAGAAAAUGUGGAAUUUUUCAAGGCUUACAACGUGAGGCUGACCCUGAAAGAACAAAUUGAUCGGUUCAACCAGUUACUCAUGCGACAAUGCCAGCUAAUGCACUAUCCUGCUUCUCAGGAUUUUCCAUCUCAUCAGAAUGGGGAUGCCCAAGUGCCUGUUACUGGGUUGCCCGCAGAACCUAGCAUCUUGCAGCAGCAGUCUGGGAUUUCAUCAAUGAGUCAUCCCCAGAUGCAUCAAGUGAGCAGUCUGUCUGACUGCCCAGUGGUGAACGGUUUCCCUGCUUCAGGAAGUUUCCACCAAUUGCACCUGAAUGCCAGUAGAGAGAUGAUAAUGGAUGGAAAUACAACAGUGACAGCAAUUCCCCUCAAUCAGUCAUUGGAGUCCGAGGUGGGCGGAGUUCCUGCAUCCAAUGGCCGAUUCUCUCUCGGCUCAGUUGAGAUGGCUGGAUUCUCAAAUCUGGAUUAUUUGCCACCAAACGCGUCAUUCAAUAUGAUGCCUCCUCAUUUGCAAGAUGGUGCUGAAGGCGGUUGUGAUUAUCGCGGGAUGCCUGUCCAUUCGUUCCCACAUAUUCCCUGGAACUUGAGCUUCCCAGAUCUGGGCGCGGACUUGGCAAGUAUUGGAGAUCACGGUCAAAUGGAGAACUACUCGGGCUCAGACAUACUACUCGAUUCAGCAGACGAAGAGAAUGACAUGGUUAAGGAGUUCUUCGUGGAUUCUGUUCCUCCCUCGAGCCCUCAAAUUGAAGAGAAACCUGACGUCGGGGCUCUAUAGAAUGCAGUAGUGUUAACAGUAGGCAGCAGCAGCAGGCAGUGUGAAGUUAGCCUUACUCUACUCGCACAAUUUUUUUGAAUGGGCAGCCUCAUCAGACCAGCUCUAUAGAAUGGCUGCUAUAGUAUCGGGUAGUUCUCUACUCUUGUUUACAUCCUUCCCACCGGAAGCUAAGGUGGGUUUCCGAAGCCCAUUUAUUGGGCUUCCUAUAAACUGUAGGGCAUUUCCCUUUAAGGUAUUGGGUUUCUGGAGGCCCAAGUUAUUAUUAUGUAUUCACAAACCUUUGUGAAGAGAACCUCAGUUUGACAGAUGUGCAUUGGGCUCCGUAGCUCAUCUGAUCAUUCAAGCAUCAAGCAAAUUCUUGUGGCCCAUUGUUAAGAGUGAUCGAAUGAAGAUAAAAAAAAAAA